ACCCGCGAGCCCUCUCUCUAUAUAUUAGAUUCCAAGCAACUUUGAUCUCCAUUCUACGAUCUCGGUUCCUCUGUUUUUGAAGUCUCGGUACUCUCUUUACGAUUCUCAAUGUAGGGUUUCGUUGAAGAAGCUCCAUGCUGUUCUAGGGUUUUUGUUAAAUUGCAGCUGCAUUCAUCCGUACGGAAGUAUAACAGAGUAGGGUUUCAGGGGUGACAGUAAUGAGCAAGAGGAGCACCAUUGUGGUUUCUUCAUCGGAGGAUGAAGAUAAAGAUGGUUCAUUCAAUUCAAAGCGGGGUUAUUCGAAGUGCAAAUCGAGGCGUAAAAACCCUAGCGGAGCGAAGAAGGCACGGAUUUCUGGUUCUCGGCCUCGCUUGUGUAGAGAUUCCAGUGUGUUCGAUGAGAUGAGAUUGUUUUGUGAAGAAUUUGGUGAAGGGCUUACAGGUUUCAAGGUAUCUGCUGGUUCUAGUAGGUGUGGAGGAAAGGAGCUAUGGGUUGAUAAAUAUAAACCUCGAUCCUUGGAGGAACUUGCUGUUCACAAGAAAAAGGUUGAAGAAGUUACAGAAUGGUUUGAGAAAAGAUUGAGAACUUCAAGGGAAGAAAUGUGCAAUCUUCUUGUCAUCACUGGACAAGCUGGAGUUGGGAAAUCUGCAACUAUCCAUGCCAUUGCGUCUCAUCUUGGAGCGAGAUUAUGUGAAUGGAACACGCCUAUUCCUACUAUAUGGCGAGAACAUCUGCAUAACACAAAUUCAGGGAUACGCUACACAUCUAAGUUGGAUGAGUUUGAAAGUUUUGUUGAGAGGAUGAGGAAAUAUGGUUUAAUCCCACCGUCCUUUGCUGGAGAAUCCAAAUCAUCCGUCAUACUUUUAAUUGAUGAUCUUCCUGUGACCAAUGGAAAUGCUUCUUAUAGAAGACUUCGCAACUGCUUGCAACUUCUUGCGCAAUCAACUCAGAUUCCAACGGCUAUAUUGAUCACCGAUUAUGGUAAAGCUGACUCUGCAGACAACAUUGCCACCGCCCGUUGCUUGGAAGAACUCCAGUUGUCUCUGGAGAAUGCUGGGGCUUGUAAGAUUGCUUUCAAUCCCAUCACAAGUAACUCCAUUAAGAAGACACUUUCUAAAAUAUGCAGACAAGAGCAGUGUGGUGUGACUGCCGAUCAAAUUGAUCUAAUAGCAAGAUCUAGCGGAGGUGAUAUCAGACAUGCAAUUACAUCUUUACAAUACUUCUGUCUGAAACCAGACCCGAUGCUUUCUUUAUCUUUUUCCGAGCCUGCCCGCACUUAUUCGAAAGAAAAAUCAGAUGAGCUCAAUCCUUUGGAUGAUGGAUUUUCUUUACCCUUUGGCAGAGAUGAAACACUUUCCCUAUUUCAUGCCCUGGGAAAAUUUCUGCAUAACAAAAGAGAGAGUGAAAAUGCAAUUGCCCCAGGCCAGGAAGCAUUUCUUGUGAGGGAAAGAUUGACAAGAUUACCAUUAAAAAUGGAUGCUCCAGAAAGGGUUCUUUGUCAAGCACAUGUGCAAGCAAGACCUGUUGUUGAUUUUCUGCAUGAAAAUGUUUUAGAUUUUCUGAGUGAGGAAGCAAUUGAUGAUGCAUCAGCUGUGGCUUCAUAUUUAAGUGAUUCUGACUUCCUUCUUGCUGCUCAUCGUGGAAUGUUAGCCACAAGUUAUGAGGCAGGGAAUGUUCUACAAUCAGCUGCUGCUUCAGUUGCUGCCCGUGGAGUGCUAUUUGGAAAUUCACACCCAUUGGCUUCCAGGUGGCAUGCUAUUCGCCGCCCAAAGCUCUGGCAGGUUGAGCAAUCCUCACUACAUAAUAAGUGUGAGAUACUAGGCCAGAGAUUGGUUGCUUUGAGCACAUCUAAUGUAUCAGUUAUUGCUACUGAGUAUAUACCUAUGUUUAAAUGGCUUAGAUAUGGAGCAUCUGGGGGUUUUGAAGAUUAUCAGGGAUUAAUACAGGGCAAUGAGACAGAACUCGAUGACAAUGAUAGCAUGAUUUUGGAUGAAAAGGAAAAUGAGAUUUCUGAUGAUGAAAUAGAAGAUUGGUAAGCACCAUGAGUGACUUCAGAAGCAAGUUAGGCCUCUGAAUAUCUCUCAACCUGUAAAGUAGCUCAAUUUGACUUUGCCCAGAUCAGUUAGUAUUUUCAGUUCAAAAGCAUAUCUGAUUUGAGGCAUUCUCCAUUAUACAAGUUACCCUGGAAAUGCAGGGAACCCAUGCCAGUCCGCAAGUUGAAGACCAUUAUGUAAUACAAACAGGUGUGUUAACCCACAAUGGAAAACCUUGGCAAAACAUACAAUCCUUGUCAUCUAAAGGUUCCAAUGGUUUGGAGAACUCAAAGUGCACAGUAACUGCCUAGUGAAGUAGAGGCCUUUUGUUGUACAUUUUCCUGAUAUUGGCCACUUUGGUAUUCUACUUGCAUAUUUCCGGAUGGCCUUCACCGAAUUUGCAUUAGCUAUUCUGGAGUCCACAUGGAUGGUAAACGGUAAGCUCAUAUGGCCCAGCACAUGGAAAAUUAGUGGCACAACAGCAUUUCAGGAAAAAUUCAGAUGCAGACUGCAUCUCUGGGACAACCCAUCAAGCACUUGUUGCAGGAUAAAAAAUUGACAGGAUAAAGCUGGUACAGUUAUGGCUCGGACCCUCUUAGAUAAGAUUUUGGUAUUUGUUUCAGUGUAAUUUUUCCUUGUGUUGAGCAUUAUUUUCUUCUUUUGUUUUCCAUGGUGCUGACAGAUAUUAACCUACUCUACCAAUGGAGAGGAUAUGACAUCCAAAUCCACUGAUGCUGUCACUGUAAAGAAAGUUGAACUCUGAUGAUGCCUUCAAUAAGAUGAUUGGGUUUCAUUUUUCAUACUCUCUA